UACUCAGUAGUAGUAGUAUCGGUGGUAAUAUUUUAAUUCAUCGUAACUUAGAAUCAUUUUUAAACAAUUAUAGUUCGAAACAACUGGACUUCUUUCAACAUGCUGUAGAUUCUCUUUCGUUUGGUACUAUUGUUGUUAUUUUUGUCUUAUCAUUAUUCUGCUUACUAAAUUAAUUUUGGCUAUCGCCCGAAUUCUAAUUUUUUCACCUCCUUGAGUACACAAUCGGCACUGCAAGAUAUGUUCAGAUUUAAUUCAUAUGAAAGCUCUGUGUACAUAUGAAGUUAUGUGGCCGUGUAUAGCCACUGAGAUUGCAUGCGGUUGUGUGUGGGGGAAACUCGCCAGUGUCGGACUCUCAAUAACCAGCGACGGGUGUAGACUCUUCACUAGUCGCUUUUUAGCUAUAUUUGCGGAAAAUGUCUUCGCCAGGGUGUAAAACGGAAACGCGCACUCAGGCCGCUCACAGCAACCACUCCAGAGAAUAUUGAUCUCAUCCUUCACAAGGUCAUGAAGGCCGCUCACAGCAACCACUCCAGAGAAUAUUGAUAUCAUCCUUCAAAAGGUCAUGGAGGCCGCUGACAGCAACCAUUCCAGAGAAUGUUGAUCUCAUCCUUCACAAGGUCAAGGAGGCCGCUCACAGCAACCAUUCCAGAUAAUAUUGAUCUCAUCCUUCACAAGGUCAUGGAGGCCACUCAAGGCAACCACUCCAGAGAAUGUUGAUCUCAUCCUCCACAAGGUCAAGGAGGCCGCUCACAGCAACCAUUCCAGAUAAUAUUGAUCUCAUCCUUCGCAAGGUCAUGGAGGCCACUCAAGGCAACCACUCCAGAGAAUGUUGAUCCCAUCCUUCAAAAUGUCAAGAAGGCCGCUUACAGCAACCACUCCAGAGAAUAUUGAUAUCAUCCUUCGCAAGGUCAUGGAGGACGCUCAAAGCAACCACUCCAGAGAAUGUUGAUCUCAUCCUUCAAAAUGUCAAGGAGGCCACUGACAGCAACCACUCCAGAGAAUAUUGAUCUCAUCCUUCACAAGUUCAUGGAGGCCGCUGUCAGCGACCACUCCAGAAAAUGUUGAUCUCACCUUCUCAAGGUCAUGGAGGCCGCUCACAGCAACCACACCAAAUAAUGUUGAUCUCACCCUUCAAAAUGUCAAGGAGGCCGCUGACAGCAACUUCUCCAGAGAAUAUUGAUCUCAUCCUUUACAAGGUCAUGGAGGCCACUCACAGCAACCACUCCAGAGAAUAUUGAUCUCAUCCUUCAAAAGGUCAUGGAGGCCGCUGACAGCGACCACUCCAGAGAAUAUUGAUCUCAUCCUUCGCAUGGUCAUGGGGGCCGCUGACAGCAACCACUCCGGAGAAUGUUGAUCUCAUCCUUCAAAAGGUCAUGGAGGCCGCAGACAACAACCACUCCAGAGAAUAUUGAUCUCAUCCUUCACAAGGUCAAGGAGGCCGCUCACAGCAACCACUCCAGAGAAUAUUGAUCUCAUCCUUCACAAGGUCAUGGAGGCCACUCAAGGCAACCACUCCAGAGAAUGUUGAUCUCAUCCUCCACAAUGUCAAGGAGGCCGCUCACAGCAACCAUUCCAGAUAAUAUUGAUCUCAUCCUUCGCAAGGUCAUGGAGGCCACUCAAGGCAACCACUCCAGAGAAUGUUGAUCUCAUCCUUCAAAAUGUCAAGAAGGCCGCUUACAGCAACCACUCCAGAGAAUAUUGAUCUCAUCCUUCGCAAGGUCAUGGAGGCCGCUCAAAGCAACCACUCCAGAGAAUAUUGAUCUCAUCCUUCACAAGUUCAUGGAGGCCGCUGUCAGCGACCACUCCAGAAAAUGUUGAUCUCACCUUCUCAAGGUCAUGGAGGCCGCUGACAGCAACCACUCCAAAUAAUGUUGAUCUCACCCUUCAAAAUGUCAAGGAGGCCGCUGACAGCAACUUCUCCAGAGAAUAUUGAUCUCAUCCUUUACAAGGUCAUGGAGGCCACUCACAGCAACCACUCCAGAGAAUAUUGAUCUCAUCCUUCGCAAGGUCAUGGAGGCCGCUCAAAGCAACCACUCUAGAGAAUGUUGAUCACAUCCUUCAAAAUGUCAAGGAGGCCCUUUGUAUUUUAAUCCUUUCUAUCUGGGGUCAAAAACUUAUCAGUCGCCCCUCGUUUAUCUUAACCGCGUCUGGGAUCUUGUGUGAAUGUGAUAACCCAUACUACCUGUACAGCUUCAUGAGGCUCUCAAUGAUUCAUUAAUGGGUAAAUAUAACACACCCUCUAUCCACUUGAUGGUUAAUGGUUACACAAAUGGAAGAUCAAAGGUAGCUGUAUAAAAACAUUAUAUUUUUAGUUCUGUUAAAAUACUCUGGCAGACGGCCUACUAGUUACACCUUCCUCUAUCUUGUUUAAUAUACACAGUCAUAAUACAGGUUUCGCACACAAUCAUUUCGAUGUUCACAGCGUCGGAUAAUAUUUGUAGAAAGCGACGUGCAUAAUAUCGUGUUGUUACUAAUUUGACUGUAGAAUUUAUGUAGCAAUGGCUGAAAAGAUUGAAGUAGAGAAAGCCUCUUGUUCUUCACAGGACCUGAUAUGUCCGCUAUGCCUUGAUAUUUUUGAUGAACCAACGAUCCUGACGUGCGGACACACUUUCUGUCGAAAGUGUCUCAAGAAAUAUGAUCUGACCCACCAGGACAUUGACCACAUGGCCUGUCCUCUCUGCAGGGAGAUCACCAAACUGUCUGCCAACCGUGUCGACGAUCUCCGCCUCAAUGUCUCCAUUAACGGAUGCGUCGACGAUUACCACGCUAAGUGUGGGGGGAUGAAUGCUGUCCUUGAGUUGCGUCCAAAAUGCACGGCUUGCAAACUUCAGCAAGACGCUGUCUCCUUCUGCAGUACAUGUAAUAACUACAUUUGUGAUAAAUGUUUACAACCUCACCAGUACAUGACCAUGUUUGAAGAUCAUGAGAUUAUCUCCGUGGAGGAUGUCAUCGAAGGGAAGGUCAGCAUUGGUCAUCAAUUCGAGAAAUGCUCCAUCCACAAACAAGAGAACAAAGAUAUGUUUUGUGAUGAUUGUAAGGCCCGUGUCUGUCUUAGGUGCGUGGUCGUUGGUCACAAGGUCCAUAAUAUCAAGAACCAGUCUGACUUCGAGCACGAGUUGAGGCAAAAGGUGACAGCCCUUGCCCAGCAAUGUGCAGCUAAGAAAGCUGAGCUGGAAAAGAACAUUCAGAAUAUAGAAGAACAACGUCAUGAGGUACACACUGCCAUGCAGAAACUACUAGAUGAUGUCAGGCAGGCUUACAGCAUCAAGGUCAAGGAGCUGGAAGGAAAUCUUCAAGAUCUCAUCGAGCAAAUAAAUGAAUUGAAGCGAGGUUUCGAGGAUGAUCUCAACAUCUUAAAGUCCAAGGAUCGACAGAGGAUCAAGAGCAUUUGUAGUUCGAUUACAUUGGUAGAUAAUGACAGACUGGGUCGUCUUGAGACAGAUAGUCUGUCUGCUCAUAAUUUGCUCUGUGAUGAGCUAGGUACCAUGCUGAAAGAGGUUACCGAUCGCACUACUGCGGAAGUUAUUACAAAGAAAGCACAGGAGAAGAGGUUCAAUCCUGCAGAUGCUACUUGUCUUGACCUCGGGGGCAUUUUGGGAUCAGAUCCCAAGUUAGAAAUCAUGAAGUGUAUAGAUCUACGAGGGUGGAUGGUUGGAAUGACAGCUUGCACUAAUACCAGUGUGGCCAUCGUAUAUGGGCGUAAUGCACGAGGUACUGAUAUCAUUGAUACAGCCGGUGGAACGGAGCGGUGUGACAUACCACAUGACGCGGGUUAUGGUGAUAUUGUGAUUCAACAAGACAGUGCAUUAUGUGUCUCAUCUGGUUCUACAAAAGCACACGUGUAUUCCCCCAAUGGCUCCAGGAAAGCAACAAUCAGCGUGAGUGGGACUGGUUAUUAUCUCACACUGAACAGAAGUCCAUCAAAUGAGAUCCUCAUUGCCAACAUUGCCAACAAAUUCUACAUCUAUGACCCGUCUGGAUCCACUCUCAAACACGCUGUUCAAACAAACUACUUGACAAGGCAGGUAUCAUCCACCAGGUCGGGUUUGAUCGUCACCAGUUCAUGUAAUCUCACCAAUCCAAACGUGGUGACGGUCUAUGACAGGGAUGGGAAUGCUGGUGAGUCUCUACAAGCUCCAGAGGAUGUCUACCUGUAUGCUGCCGUGGAUGAGCAGGACAGGGUGUAUGUAGCGAGUGUUGAUUAUAAGAAUAGGAAGGUGGUGAUCAGGCUCUAUGAUCUUGAUGGUCUGAACCUGAAGGAGAGAGUUGAGUUUAAUGCACUUGAUAUGACAUUGGGUUCUACUUGGUGUUACUUGGUUUCCCUCUCUCCGGACCUACUCGCCUUUGCUUGUAGGUAUAAGUUAUAUUUCAUCAAGGUAUCGCUGUAA